GCCGUAAAGCGAGGCGGGGAAGAUGGCGGUGCGGUGUGCGGGUAGCGCCUGGGUGCGGGGGCUCCUCGGCUGGGCGUGGCCGGAGAGGUGGUUUGCAGCUGGUAGUGCUUUCCCGCUGUCAUGCAUCCACACAAGUACGUCCCUGCAGAAACUUGGGAAGUGGGAGAAAAAGAACAGGAUUGUUUACCCUCCUCAGCUGCCCGGGGAACCUCGCAGACCAGCUGAAAUAUAUCAUUGUCGGAGGGAAAUAAAGUACAGCAAAGAUAAGAUGUGGUAUCUGGCAAAACUGAUUAAAGGAAUGUCCAUUGAUCAAGCUCUUGCUCAGUUGGAAUUUAAUGAUAAAAAGGGAGCAAAGAUCAUCAAAGAGGUUCUCUUAGAGGCUCAGGAAAUGGCAGUAAGAAAUCACAACGUGGAAUUCAAAUCAAAUUUACAUAUAGCUGAGUCACUGGCAGGCAAAGGCCACUAUACAAAACGGAUCCGUCUCCACGGGAAAGGCAUGUUUGGCAUCAUGAAAAUCGUCAAGUGCCACUACUUUGUGAAGUUGGUGGAAGGUCCUCCUCCUCUUCCAGAGCCACGAAAGACUGGUUUUGACCAAGCAAAAGAAUACGUGCAACAGCUGCGCAGUAGAACCCUUGUUCAUACACUGUGAUGGACUUUUGUGACUGUAUAGGUACUUCUUGUUUGACAAAGUAGUUAUGUAAAAUAAUAAAAACAUUUUAGGUUAGUUUUUGUUGCUGCUGGAGCUGGAUGAUGCAAGAAUGAUUGUAGAUUUGUCAUGCCUGAGGUGUGCAAGAAUGUUGGAAGAACAGCAACGGAUGCAACAGGUGUUACUUUUUGAGUUACUUGGACUACUGCUUUCAACUUCUCUGGGCCAUCAAAUCUAGAGGAAACAGUGCACUUAAAACUUGUUGGGAAUUCUGUCAUGCAGUUCAUGCAACUUUCUUUAUUAUGUACGUUCAGGUCCUUUAUUGUAGAAGUGUACAAUUGGCAGUCAGGUUGCAGGGUCAAGAAUUGGAAUAAAUUUACCAAAAUUGGACAUCUGUAAGUAGCUUCAACAGUACAGCAUAACUGACAUGAAUCUUGGAUUAUCAGGCAUCAAUUAAUGAUUUCUUUAUCUGGGCUGUAAUGCCACCUCCUUGCUGUCUCUGUUGUGCACUGUAGGCGCUGUGUCUGGAGGUGGGUAGUGGAAAAAUUCCUGGUUCAGAUUUUGGCGGUGUCAGUAGGUGGCAUUGUUUGUCAGGGAGGGAUGUGGUAGUGAAAACUUGCAGCACAUUGAAACCGUUCUUAAUUCUGACCAUGGCAUUAAUAGUCUGAUAUGUGUGUGGAGUUCACGCUGUUCUCUGUGGAAACUCAAUAUGAGUAGUGAAGAGUGAACUAAUUAUACUGUCUGGGAACAAAUCGCUUUUAUAAUGUUGAGGGAAGUAAAAUGCUGUAUGGAUAUAAUGUGGAAUGGCUUGUUGCAUACAUGAACUAGACUUCCAGUUCUCUGGAAAAAAGAAAAAAAUCCUAUUUUUAUCAUUAAUAAAGAGAAAAAGUGGUGAAAAAUUCCUCACCCUGUCAGGUUUUCAUUCAGGUAGCCAGAGAUCAUUGGACAUUGGCAUAAAAAGAAUUAUAGUUGCUUGUUUAUGAAGAUGUCUGAUUUCAACCCUUCCAUUCUGAGAGCAUUAGAAUGGAAGAUGGAUUACUUACCUCAUUUGGGUCUUUUUACCACACUGACUGAAAAGUGACAACUUUUCUUCACUUUAAUUUCAUCAGUGCUUGAAUGAUGAUAAUGGGACAGUUCGUAAGGUAACACAUUAUCUUUGCUGUCCUAAUGGCAGUGGCAUACAGCUGUUUCUGUUGGCUACCUAAGAAACAAUCUUAGAAUCCUAGAGCGUUAGGGGAUUGUGAAGUUACACAAGUAUAUGCAUGGCUCCUACCACUAAUGGUGCUUAUUUGCCCUCUGUUCUUCCAUGGUGUGUUUGCACAGAGUACUUGUUCUGAUGGAGAACAAGUCAGUGAUCUGGGAAAAGAUUAAAGAGUUGCAAGAUAAUCCAUACUUAACAGCACUCAUGAUUUAUGCAUGUAAAACCUGACUUCCAGAUAAGUUAUCCCAGUACCUCUUUCAGGAGAAAGCUGUAGAUUUCCCUUCAGAUCCCCUUUGGACCUCCAGACAAGAUUGUAUCAUUGCUCUAGUUUUCUCUGAAAACUGGAAGAGAAAUGAGAAUGUGGAUGAUGUCUUUUCCGCUUUCAUGAUGCAGCUGUUGGCCCUGACGCUUCUUUAAAUGGCCUUCAGCCAAAAGGCAGGAUGCUUGUGUUCUGUGGUUGUUGCUUGUCAUUCCUGUCAUCUUCCUCAAAACAAAAAAUAACAAGACUCUUUUUGGCCAUGCUUUACAGUCCCUGUCUUACCUGCUUCUUCCUUCUUAACGAUGUAUAUAACGUAGUGAGUGGAUCCUUAUGGUAUUGGCCAAGGAAGGUCCACGUCUUCGGCUGUAAGAGUACAUUGGGAGGCCUGGUGAGAUAUGAAGCUUGAACUGACUUGAUUCUUCCCCUUUGCUUAUAGGUGGGUAGAAGUGUCUGAAGUGAUUUAUGGAGCCUGCCUGGAUCUUGAUUUCAGUACAAUCCUAGUGAUAAAGCUUUCUACUGUCAAGUUCUAAAUAUAAAAUAAAAUUGUUUUUUAUUUA